AUGCUCUCGUUAUCUUCUAUCAGGAUUUCCCCCUUCCCUCUCUCCCCCUUUUUUCCUAACAAUGCCGUUCGCCUGUCAGAGCAACACCAGCUGAAGUCAUUCACCUCCUCCCGGGGAGCCCUCCCCUCCUUCCUUUCUCAUACCAUUCUUCCUCGGUUCUUCCCCUUCCACCCCCCUUCCCCCCCACCCCGCCUUCCCCCACCCCUCUCCCCCAUGCGCGCUCAGCCUACUCGUGUGUGCAGCGCAACUGCGGCGCCAAUGCGUAACCUGCGCUAUGACUUGCACUGUGACGUGCUCUAUGACUUGCACUGUAACCUGCGCUAUGACUUGCACUGUGACGUGCUCUAUGACUUGCACUGUGACGUGCUCUAUGACUUGCACUGUGACGUGCUCUAUGACUUGCAGUGUGACGUGCUCUAUGACUUGCACUGCACCCCUCUCCCCUUUGCGCCACCUCCACCCCCACCCAGUGACGUGCUCUAUGACUUGCACUGCGCCAUGCAAUCUGAGCUGUGGAGAGAACAAGCAUUGUAA